AUGUCUAAAUCAUCUUCGUCCUCCUUCAUCAAGUCAGGACUGGACAACACGUGGCAUGAAAAGAUGUGCCGACGGUUGGCAUGGCUCCGUGAUCUCGGCGUCAUGGGCAGGGUCCAUCUGCAUACACUCCCUGACGGAUUGCUCGGAUUCCACGGAAUGCCACUAGAAAACUCGGCCGAUUGUCUGCCUUCAAACGCAGGCCCUGAGUUGGUCGCUCUGGCGCUGAGCGAUCCCAGAAACCAUCCUCUGAUGGGCGGAUACAUCACCCUCCUCAGAUGCAGAGACCCCCAUACACAUGUGGCCUGGGGAGAGGCCCUGGACCGGCUGGUAGCACUGUGUGCUUUCGGUACCGCAACGAGAGCCUCUGAUGUCACAUACGUCUUGUCAGAGGCCAAGGAAAGCUACCUCACUGAUCGCUAUCAGCUCGUCCAUUUUGUUCAUAUGGCGAAGGAGGACUACCGAUACGUUCUGAACCAGGAGGAGCCAGUGAGAGCGUGGCUGGCCCAAUGUAUGGCUCGCAUAUUUGGAGUGCAGGCCCCUUCACUGCCCGACAUGAAUUGGUGGCCACACGCGCGGGAGCACGUCGAAUUGGGAGAUGAUGAGGCAUUUUUUAGCUUGACUGACCUCGCCUGGAGACGAUUGCUUGAGGCUGUCUCGCAUUCUGAGAGCGGCCUUCAUGAAAAGGCGAAGAUGGGGGCCAAAAAGGCCAUACGCUUCGUUGACAAGUUCCUCCAGCAUGAGAAAAACAGACCGGUCUGGGAACUGAUGGCACCACUGGGAGCCAAGCUCGUCACCCACUCCAGGCCCUUACCACCAUGUCUGGCAUAUCCUCAACUCCCCCUCAGGGAACCCCCAGGCUUCGGCAAUUACCCUGCUGUGUCCCAAGCCUGGCUAAAGCGCAUGGUUACUAUCCUAGAGAUCCGAGGCCAGCUCUCACAUGUGGCCUGGAAAAGGGCCUUGGGCAAAUUGCGAGAGCUACUUCUCCUGCCCCAAGAUCCUUCUGCCUUUGUCCCCCUGCACAUUUUGAGCGUGGCCAAGAAGGCUUGCGAUGAGGAUUUCGAGCAUUUGGAAGAUUUCAUCCACGAAGCGGAGGCAAACCCGAUGCUCCUUGUGAACAGGCAGCGUCCAGUCAGUGCUUGGUCAGCCCAAUGCAUGGCGCGUAUGGUUGGUUUCGAAGCCAGCCACGAAGACGACAGCGAGUGGUGGAUGGCGAGUGGCAUCAAGUUUUUGGUUGAGGACCUCGACGAGGAUGUGUACAUUCGCAUUCAUUACGCCCGCCGUCGAUUCAUCCAAGCCCACGACCAUUGCUACGCUCUUGACAACAUUGAAAAGGGACGCGAAGUUGCUUGCAAGGGCCUUCAUCACAUGAAGGCCUUCGUCCAUCUACACCAGAAUGGGCGGGUGCUUGCUCAGGUCGGGAAGCACAUUGAAGAGCUUCAAAAGUUCAUUCGAGACAAGGGCCUUGGAGGGCGUUUGCCCUCAUUUUAUUAA